CUGUGUUGUGAAAUUAAAUGAUACUGUGAGCAUGAAACUUAAGAGAGACUUGGAUGUAUUAAAGCCUUUGAGGGGAUUAGGUUUCAUACACUGUGUAAGAACAUCCAACCGCACUUAAAAAUGUUCAGCCCUCAUCGUUAGUGCAACAUUGGCAAUUAAAACUGGUUUCAAAACUCACUGUUCAACAUUCAGUGUGCACCCCACCGCUUGCCAGUCAUUGUGCUCGGACAGCUCCAUGCCUGCAGCAAUCAAGCCUUAUUCUUUCUUUGUCCUGUUUACAGUCAUACUAAAUCUUGUUUAGUUUAUGUUUCCAACCUGUUUUUCCUCAUGUAGCUUUUUUUGGUUUUAGUUUGCAUUCUCACCCUUUUUUUUCCCUCAUCUUAAUUUUUAUAUUUGUUUUAGGUGAAGCCUACCUUCCUUUCUUGGCUUUGCAACAAGAGGUAGUAACAUGAGAUAGUGUAAUGGGGGGAGGAGGAGACUUGGUGAGAUAGAGAUCAGUUAUUCGUGUGGGACAGAGGCCUUAAGGAACGCAGAGUUUAUUAUGAGAUGCGUGUGAAGGAGAACAACACGAUGGUUACAGCGGGCUCAGGAGAGAAGAGGCGACGGAGGGGCUAUAAUGGUCAAGACCCGCAGUCCAAGCCUGCAAGUGAGGAUGAAGACGAUACACCCAUGACCACUUUUGGUGUUGUGGUCCGAGGCCUUCCCCUGGCCUUGGCGUCCAUGACGCAAGCUACCACCUCGGACUCACGCUUCCAUCCUAAAUGGCGAGCCAUCACUGUGGCAACCCUGCUGGCUUUAGUGCUCAUGUUAUACCUGCACCGGACAGUAGGGGACAGAGACACUGCUAACAGUGGUUACUACCGCAGCAGGGCUCAUGGUUUGCAAAUCCGCAGUGAGGGUGAGGAUGAUGUCUUCAGGGAAACAAACGGGCAAACUGCACAAAGCCUUUCCCCCCACCAGAAAAGGGAAAAACCUUACAAUGAUACAUAUCCGUUAAGUCCGCCGCAGAAGACAGAGCACGGAAUCCGCUACCGCAUUGCUGUAAUCGCAGACCUGGACACAGCGUCGCGUAGCUCCAAGGAUCAGACAUGGGUCAGCUACAUGAAAAGAGGUUACCUGACUGUUUCAGAUAGUGCUGACAGACUGGAGGUAGAGUGGGAUGCUGAGAUGGUCACUCUGGAGAGUCAUCUGGCUGAGAAAGGACGAGGCAUGGAGCUGUCCGAGCUGGUGGUGUUCAACGGUCACCUGUACACUGUGGACGACCGUACAGGUGUGGUGUACAGGAUCGAGGGUAACCAGGCUGUCCCCUGGGUUAUAUUACCUGACGGUGACGGUUUAGUCUCCAAAGGAUUCAAGGCAGAAUGGCUGACAGUGAAGGAUGAGCACCUGUAUGUUGGCGGCCUGGGGAAGGAGUGGACCACGACCUCUGGGGAAGUCCUCAACAACAACCCAGAGUGGGUGAAAAUUGUUGGCUACCAUGGCGACGUGGAGCAUGAGAACUGGGUACCGUACUACAACGCCCUGCGGAGUGCAGCAGGGAUCCAACCACCAGGCUACCUUAUCCAUGAGUCAGCAGCAUGGAGCGAGCGCCUGCAGCACUGGUUCUUCCUCCCUCGCCGUGCCAGUCACGAACGCUAUGAAGAGACUGCAGACGAGAGGCGUGCCACUAAUCUCCUCCUGUCCUGUCCCGCAGAUUUCAGCUAUGUAUCGGUGCGGCACGUCGGACCGCUCAAUCCAACUCGCGGCUUCUCCUCGUUCAAAUUUGUUCCAGACACAGACGAUCAGAUAAUUCUGGCCCUGAAAUCCGAGGAGGAUGCGGGCAACAUUGCCACUUACAUCACUGCAUUUACGCUAGACGGUCGGGUGCUGAUGCCUGAGACAAAGAUAGGGAAUGUAAAGUAUGAAGGGCUGGAGUUCGUCUGACAAGGACAGGGUGGAAGGUUCACUUUUUCCUGAAAGCAAAAUCUGCAAGGAUCUUUCACGGUUUAGAAGAUUAACAAGUAGACUGUAUACAUGCAACACUGUCUUUGCUGAUUUGAGUGGUACAUUCCACUCUCGAUUCGACUGUGCAAUAAUGUUACAUGACCCAAACUUAUAUAUUUUGUAAUUAUUUAGUAUAAUAAUUAGAAGGAGGAAGAGAAGGUAAAAGGGUGCGAGAAUGCCACACAACCACAAAGGAAGGGCAGUUAUCAGCAACUGACCAGUUCAGCUUGUGUGGCUGGUUUGAGCAGCCAGUCUGUGACGAGCUACACACAUCAGUCAAACACAAGUUGUCAUUUGUCAGUCACCGCGUGAUAUGAUUUUUUAAUACUAUAGACUUAACGUCUUCAUGUCAGAUAAUUUUAUACCUUGGGUCAAAUAGCACAGUUUGAUAAGACACUACUGAUACCCUAGAGAAGUGUGGGUAAAAAAUAAAAAAAUAAAAAAAUGUACAUUUGUAGUAUUUAGUCUGGUAAUGUGGAUCUCUUAUCCCACACCAAACUCUGCUGGUCAGAUACUCAGGCAAACAAGGUGAAACAGGUUAAAACAUUACAAAAAAUAGAAACCAAUAUCCGUAAACUACUUGAAAUACUAAACUUACUCAUUGCUGUGUGUUUGUCUUACCUUGAAAACUGAAAUCUCCGUUAUUGGAUGUAUGUUCAGAUAAUGGGUCUUGUCACUUCAUGUAUGUUAACUACAUGUGACUAAGCUUUUCUGAGCAGGUCCUCCUCAAAUGUCAUCUCACAGGCUAACAAACUGAAUAUCAUUCACUUCUCAAUCAGAGAACGAGUGAAACACCAGCUACUUUAUUUAAAGAUUAAGAGUUCAUAUGCUCCUUUUGUAUCCUCUCAAAACAAAUAAUUAAAAUAUGCACUCUUGUUCAAA